CCGGCUCUGCGGCCGCCGCCCGCGGUCGGAAGAACCUGAGGCGCGGCGGGUCCGCGACGAGCUCGGACCGAGUGGGGCGCGAGAGCCCGCGUGCCGAGAGCGAGCGCUCAGGGCUUCGGUCUCCGUCCUCAGCCUCCCCUUCCCGGCUGGUCUCCGCUCUCCAGCGCCGGGACGCGGGAGAGCCCGGCGCGCGGCGGGGGCGCGAGGUGGAGCUGGCGGGGGCGGCCAAUGCGAAACUGGCUGGUGCUGCUGUGCCCGUGUGUGCUCGGGGCCGCGCUGCACCUCUGGCUGCGGCUGCGCUCCCCGCCGCCCGCCCGCGCCUCCGGGGACGGCCUCGCAGAUCAGUUGACCUCAUUUCCUCAGUGGAAAUCUGAUCAUUAUGAUGUGGUAGUUGGAGUGUUGUCAGCACGCAAUAAUCAUGAACUUCGAAAUGUGAUAAGAAGCACUUGGCUGAAGCAUCUAACACAACAUCCCAUAUUAAGUAAACGUGUGCUUGUGAAGUUCAUCAUAGGUGCUCAUGGCUGUGAAGUGCCGGUGGAGGACAGGGAAGACCCUUAUUCUUGCAGACUGCUCAACAUCACGAAUCCAGUCUUGAAUCAGGAAAUUGAAGCAUUCAGCCUUUCUGAAGAUACGUCAUCAGGGCUGUCAGAGGACCAAGUUGUCAGUGUGAGCUUCCGAGUUCUCUAUCCAAUUGUCAUUACCAGUCUGGGAGUGUUUUCUGAUGCCAGUAAUGCGGGUUUCCAGAGGAACAUCACCGUCAAGCUUUAUCAGGCGGAACAGGAGGAAGCCCUCUUUGUUGCUCGUUUUAGUCCUCCGAGCUGUGGUGUGCAGGUGAACAAGCUGUGGUACAAGCCUGUGGAGCAGUUCAUCUUACCAGAGAGCUUUGAAGGUACCAUUGUGUGGGAGAGCCAAGAUCUCCAAGGCCUGCCAGCAAGAAAUCUCCACAAAGUGACAGUCAAUGACGGAGGGGGAGUCCUGAGAGUCGUUACUGCUGGAGAGGGUGCUUUGCCUCAUGAGUUCAUGGAAGGCGUGGAGGGAGUUGCAGGUGGUUUUAUUUAUACUAUUCAGGAAGGUGAUGCUCUCUUACAAAAUCUUCAUUCUCGCCCUCAAAGACUUAGUGAUCACAUAAGGAAUCUUCACGAGGAAGAUGCCGCACUGAAGGAGGAAAGCAGCAUCUAUGAUGACAUUGUUUUUGUGGAUGUCAUUGACACUUACCGGAAUGUCCCUGCAAAAUUACUGAACUUCUAUCGAUGGACUGUGGAAACAGCCAGCUUUGAUUUAUUGCUAAAGACCGAUGACGACUGUUAUAUUGACAUAGAAGCUAUAUUUAAUAGAAUUGCCCACAGGAAUCUAGAUGGGCCGAACUUUUGGUGGGGAAAUUUCAGGUUGAACUGGGCUGUUGACCGAACUGGGAAGUGGCAGGAGCUGGAGUACCCUAGUCCUGCUUACCCGGCCUUUGCGUGUGGGUCCGGUUAUGUGAUCUCCAGGGACAUCGUCUACUGGCUGGCCAGAAACUCAGGGAGAUUAAAGACCUAUCAGGGUGAAGAUGUUAGUAUGGGCAUUUGGAUGGCAGCCAUAGGACCUAAGAGGUACCAGGACAGCCUCUGGCUGUGUGAGAAGACUUGUGAAACAGGAAUGUUGUCUUCGCCUCAGUAUUCUCCACAGGAACUAACAGAACUGUGGAAACUGAAGGAAUCCUGUGGCGAUCCUUGGCUGAGGGCUGACUCCUGGUUCUGUGUUCAGAGAUCACCCUGGGCAGUACUCAGGAGGCCCUGUGUGGUGUUGGGGAUUGAACCCAGUUUGGGUGCAUACAAGUUUUAUUCAAAAAAAACUACCUUGCCGUUUGGACCCUGCUGUGGAGCGAGCAUGAUGGAAGAGCCCAAGGAAGCGCCCUUGGACUCCAAGCAGCCCACUGAACUAAUUCCGGCAUGGGACCAGAGACCCCACGGUGCGCUGAAACAGUAGGAACCGGGCAUCCCCCAAUUCUUUUAACCUCUCUCUCUCUCAACUCCUCCCUCCUGAGCACAGCGCAGGAUCCGCAGUUUUCCUGAGCACAAAAUGGAGACGCCGAGCCUCUCUCUAGGCUUCUCCAUCUUAUGAGCACCAUAAAAGGGUAAAAGUUUGUAGUGAUGUUAUUUCUGGUUGUACUUUCCCUGGACUUUAUACAGAAACCCAAAACCGCGCGGCUGCUUCCGCGGCCGCGCAACCUAAUGUCAUCUUAGCAUCAGCAAUAUGUAAUAUGUCCCUUUUUAAUGGGUCGGACUUUUGUGGGAGAUCCUAACAAGAAUAGUAAGUCUGUUGCUGAAAUAUUGAAGGCAAUCAAAGUGGUAGCCAUCUCUCUAGACUGAACUAAGCUAUAUCCCCACGCCGGCUGAGAAGAAAUUUUCUUCUUUCUCGGGAAGAAACGCGGCGUGUCGUCAACUACAGUGUGAUGUCCAUUAAGCAAACAGACCUGGUGGCGUGGGAAUGGGAUAUAAGGGGAAAAAUUAUGUACAUGGAACAGUGGGACGCUGGUGGAAUCUCGAGCCGGAGCCGAUACCAGCGCAAGACCUUCGGUUCCAGAAACUGCUUGCAGACACUCUACUAGUCUAUCAACUAAGCCAGAGCCCCACGCCUGCCGAUGACGGGAAAUAACCAUCCUUUUCGGUUUUUUUUCCCUUGUCAGGCAGCGUGGCGAUUACUAAACAGGCGUGAACUCUGUGGCGCGGGGCAAGGGGGAAAAAGAAAAGUUAUGUAACUAACAGCGGGACUUAAUAUGUCUAUAUUCUUAGCAGUGGAGAACUAUUAAAUGCCUCCUUGGCAAUAGGACUGCUUUCCUUUUUUGGGGGAAACCCCAACAACGGUAGUGAGUUGUGUGUUGAAACAUGGAAUGUAAUCGAGAUAAGGCAUAAAUGAAG